AUGGCGAACAAAUCUUCGGGUAGCGACCUCUUCGCUCUGCUCCAAGACCAGGCCGACCCCAAGAGACAGCAAGAGAUAGACGAGCGCCUGGCAAGACAGUAUGCCAAAGCACAGCAGCGCCAAUCCGAAUUGGUCGGCCUCAACUCGACGAAGCCCGUCACCAUCUCGUCUAUCCAGGUCCUGCAAGCCGAGCACACGCGUAGAGGCUUCCUUGAGCGCAUCUUCAACCCCAUCCUUUCCCACAACCAAGAAGGUCCCUACACCUUAGAAGAAGCCCUGCGCGAAGUUGGUGGCGCUGUCGAUAAGCUCAACCGCUUCGGUAUCUUCAAGGCUCCCGUCUCGACCUACAUCGACCAACCCGACCAGACCGAUGCCUCUUCCACUCCUACCGACCUCUCCGUCUUCAUUCACGCUCCCGAACGCUCUCGUUACACCAUCAAGACUGGUACUGAGGCUGGCUCAUCCGAGGGCUCUGCUUUCCUUGAUGUUGUCCUCCGUAACAUUUUUGGUGGUGCCGAGUCACUGAAUGCUCACGCUUCGCUCGGUACGCGUACCCGUUCCGCCUACUCAGCCUACUUCGAUACUCCUGUCCUCAGCAGCCCUGAUAUUCGCUUCGAGAUUGGUGGUCUUGCUAGCUCGACCCUGAAGAGCUGGGCAAGUCACGAGGAGCUCAUCAAGGGCGGAAGCACAAAACUGAAGUGGUUGAGCUCAUGGGGCAGCAAGCACGAGCUGGGCUACUCUGGGAUCUGGAGACAGGUCACUGGUCUUUCAGAGAAUGCUUCGCCUACGGUUCGCGCAGACGCCGGCGACAGCUUCAAGUCCAGCAUCACACACACCUUCAUCAACGACAGCCGUGAUGCACCCAUGCUUCCUACAAGGGGUUUCCUGUUCAAGGCUAUCGGUGAACUCGCCGGCUUCGGUCCUCUUGCAGGCGACGUCGCCUUUGCAAAGUACUCGGCAGAGUCACAGCUCGCACUCCCUGUCCCUGUCCCUGGUGUUGCCGGAGACAGUGGUAUCUCCUUCACUGCCGGCCUUCGUGGUGGUCUCCUCUACCCUCUGACUCAGUCUGGAGCCGACAAGCCUUCUGCAUCUCGCAUCAAUGAUCGCUUCCAGCUUGGUGGACCUACCGACAUUCGUGGCUUCCGUCUCGCCGGGCUUGGUCCUAGAGAUGGACAAGACGCCGUCGGCGGUGACAUCUACGCUGCAGGUGGUGCCAGCUUGCUCUUCCCUGUGCCGGGCAUGGGCAAGGACACUCCUCUCAGAUUCCAGACUUUCAUCAACGGCGGUCGUCUGUUGGCACUCCAGGACGUAGCCAGCGGCGAGAAGGGUGGCAGCAACGUUCAACAAAGCGUCAAAAACACUUUCCAAGAGCUCUCCAACGGUCUCCCUAGCUGUGCGGCUGGUGUAGGUCUUGUUUACGCUCACCCGGUUGCACGAUUCGAGUUGAACUUCUCACUGCCAUUGGUGCUCCGUAGAGGUGAGGAAGGCAGAAAGGGUGUUCAGUUCGGUGUUGGCAUUGAUUUCCUGUAG